GCGCGCGCAAAGAUCAUCUGUGUUCUGUUUAGCAGCAGAAUGAAAAGGCACGAUUAGAAACGAGGUUUCGUCGUUGUUGUAAUUCAGUUUGAUUCAGUUGCUUGCAGUUUGCAGUGGUAGAGAGAACGCGAGUGUUGCGAGUCAAACAUGCUCCAACAAAUCAGAUAGUCCGUCAAUCUAAUAAGACUAUGCAGAAGUGGUUUUUCCUUGAGGACCCGAACAACGCCAACAUAAGGAGAGGAAGAGGUGACUCUCAAGAGCACAGCAUCUCCAGCACCAUGUCCCAAUACUAUCCCAGAAACUGGCUGUUCCGUGUCAGGGUGCCAGAGCUGAGGCCUGGUGAGGUGGUGUGUGUCUCAGGAAGCCCCCCGGAAUUGGGAUCCUGGGCACCUGACAAGGUGGUGCCUCUCCAGCAGGAAGACGACUCUGAGAUCUGGUCAGCUGUUGUCGAGAUCCCCAACAGGGUGGCGGUGAAUUACAGAUAUUGCGUGUGCAUCGUCGUCGAGCUGGGGCUCCAAUCGAUCGUGCGAAAUUGGGAAUCCAAUCUGACGCCGAGGCGAAUCGAAGCGCAGGAUUCGUCGCCGAACUCGAGCGCCGAACCCGAACUCUACGGCGACUACAAAACGAAUCUGCGAAUCGACAAGGGUUGGCUGAACAAGGAAACCACCGUGCAGAUCAAACUGACCAAAGAUCCAAUAACAAUCUGGCUACCGAAAUACGUAAAUCGCAACAUCUUCAUCAAAGUCACGCCUGUCAACAUCCUGCAGCACAGCACCAAUAUCCCCAAGACCAUGUCUGAAGCUCUUGAGGAGUCCUUAAGCACUGACACGCAAGACAUCAUAGAGAUGCCCAAACAUGCAAUGACAGAAGUGGCUGAUCUGAAUGCGCUCGAUCCCGGUUUCCAUGUCCAGGAUCAAUUUGGUGAAGAGUACAAGGAAGGUGCGAUGCUUAUCUUCCAGUCCACAGUUCUCUUUCCCCAAACAACUGCAUUCUUAGUUGACUUGUACGUGUACAGUUCGAGGUUCUCUGAGGGAGAUCCCCCAUACCAUGCAGGCUUCAGUUACAUAUUGCCAAGCUCGUUGAGAGGUUCCGAAGGAAACAUGGUCUUGCCCAUAACAAGUACCAAGCACAGACCAAUGGGUGAGCUCCGAUUGGAGUACAUUGUGAUCAAGCCAUUGCCAGGGGUGAAGUGCGAUUUGAGUUUAACCUAUGCAAGGCAUUGGAAGGAGACCAGGCAAGGGUUGGAUGUAGGUCACAGGGGCGCUGGAAACAGUUUCAAGGAGGAUAUGAAGAAUUGCGCUGAAGUUAGAGAAAACACCAUCGCCAGUCUGAAGACGGCCAUUGACCAUGGAGCGGAUUUCGUCGAGUUCGACGUCCAGUUGAGCAAAGACAUGGUACCCAUCAUCUAUCACGACUUCCACGUUUGCAUAUCGAUGAAACGUAAGAAGGAGCUGCACGAAACCGACAUGCUCGAGAUACCCAUCAAGGAUCUAACUUUUGAGCAGUUAAGAUUGUUGAAGGUUUAUCAUUUAUCCGAGGGUAAAUCGAAGAAUCCGCGUUUCUUCGAUGAAGAUCUGGAGGAGCACCAGCCGUUCCCGACGUUGCAGCACGCCUUUGAAGUGUUGAAUCCUCAUGUCGGCUUCAACAUUGAGAUCAAGUGGACCAUGCAGAGGUUGGACGACAGUUACGAGCUGUACCAUCCGACCGAUUUGAACCUGUAUUUGGAUACGAUACUGGAGGUCGUCCUGAAGCACGCAGGAGGCAGGAGGAUCAUCUUCUCGUGCUUCAAUCCAGAUAUAUGUUCGAUGAUCAGGAUGAAGCAGAACAAGUAUCCGGUGAUGUUCCUCACGCAAGGCGAAACAUCCAAAUGGCCAAAGUACAAAGAUCCCAGGUGCUGGGACAUCAAGAGAGCCGUGGCUUACGCUAACAUGGUCGAAAUCUUAGGCGUUAACGUGCACACGGAGGAUAUCCUGCGAGAACCUGAAUUCGUGAAAAUGGCUCGAGAAGCCAAUCUAGUCAUCUUCUGCUGGGGCGACGACAACGCCGAUCCCGCCACGAUCAAGUACCUGAAGGAGUUGGGCAUGCACGGAGUGAUCUACGACAAGAUCGAUCAGUACUCGUCCAAAGAGGUGAAGGAAAGCAUCUUCAUGGUGGAAGCUCGAGAAUCGCAGAAGGAUCUUCUCAGGUUGGCCGCCGCCAAUGCGGACGUCCCAAUGUCACCGCCAGUUCUACCUAUAAUCAAGGAGCGCAUCCUCGACGUGGAGAAGGCACGAGCCUGCAUGGAUCAAGUAUCUACCGCCACCUCUCUUCAGAGCCUGGAAAGCACCCUAUCCGAUUACCAGAAAAACGGCUCCAAACAUUAACAUCUAUAAUUAAUUAAUUAAUUUAAAAUAUCCGCAAGAAAGAGUGCAAUUUUGAGUCUAUACUCAAAUGAACGAUAUUCAAGCGCAUUGAUAUUAAAUUAAGACAAGACUUUUACCUCAAUUUCGAUACGAUAACAAAAAUAUGGGUGAUUUUUAUGCAAUAACGCUUUAUUAAAUAACGAUACUGGCUCUUGCCUCUGGAUGCAAUUCUAUUUUUUUUUCAAAUACAAAAUGAAAUUUAAAUAAAUUUGAACAAAAUUCGAACAAAGAAUAUACUUUUCUUCAAAAGAAAAACAA